CUGCUGUUAUUAUAUUUCUUUUGAAUGAAUGACCAAAUUUAAUUUUAUUAAUAUGAGAACAUAUUCUGUCUAGGGUGGCGCUGCUGAAUGUGGUAGGAAAUUUUUUUUACAAGAAAUGCAAAAAAAAAUAGUUAAAUUAAUUAUCUAAAGAUAUGAUAUUGGUAUAAAUUUUUGAAUCAUGAAAACUAUCAAGCGUAUUUUCAUUGUUUAUCUAUGUAUUAAUUUAAAUAUAUACUCGUAUGAACACUAAAAUUUUAAACAAAUUUGCGAUGCUCUUUUGGUAGUUAGGUGUAUUGUUUGAGAGAGGGGGAGUUAUGCCAUUCUCAGUGACAGUUAAAUCAGCUCCUCUUGCGUUCUUUCGCUCUUCCCUUAAUCUUGAUUCUGUUUCCUUUCGUGCUUGCCGAAUCGCCCUUCCUCCUCGUCACGCUUCUAGUCAACGUGUCUCCAAUUUCUCUCAGCCUCAGCCUCAGCCUCAGGGCGGCGGCAGUAAUUUCAUCCAUGACCCUCGCGCGUGGAGUGACGACGACGACGAAAACGAUGAGGAUCGGAGUUUUGAUCUAUUGGUGAGGUUCGUUCAGAAUGUGUUCAAGAAGGUGUCAAAGAGAGCGAGAAAAGCAAUUCGAUCUGUUCUCCCUGUCCCCAUCUCUACCAAGCUGGUGGGAUUUUCUGUAAAUGGGGUCCUUGUGCUGGCAUGCUUGUGGAUUUUGAAGGCAUUUCUUGAGGUGGUAUGCACACUUGGAAGUGUAGUGUUUGUAAGCAUCUUAUUAAUCCGUGGGAUAUGGUCUGGUGUUAGUUUUUUACAAGAAAGCCGAAACCAAAAGAUGGAUGAAUUUGAUGUAGAGCACAAUGCAUGGAAUGGUGCGCAGCCUGUGACUUGAAUUGUUCAUUGACUCAUUCUGAAGACAUGCCCCGUUAAAGUUAGGGAAGUUAAAUUAAGGUAAUAAAACAGGAACUAAAGGAAAAAAAAAAAAAAAAAAAAAAACCUUUACACUGCUACUGUAAGCAUUCCUUGCUGCAAUUCUGACUGGUUGUGUAACAAAGUAGCUGCGGAACAAGAUUCCUGUAAGGUAUUUAUGGUGUAGAAAACGUUUAGAAGCAAGAAAAUUGAUGGCUCAAGUCAAGUGUAUGUACCGAAACCCAUUCAUGAUUUAGUA